AUGAGCGGCGGUGGCAGCCUUCGUUUGAAACUCGCGUCCCUCCUUCGCAAAGUGGGAGUCCGAAUCGUGGCCUCUACGACGAACCCUUCUGCAGCUCCUGCGACGACCACCGCCGUUUCUCCCCCUCCGAAGACGAUCUCCACCUCCACCGGCGCCGGCGGCUCGCUCCUCAUGGACGAAGCGCAGAAAACCCUAAAGACCAGGCUCUGCAUCAUCGGCAGCGGACCCGCCGCCCACACGGCGGCCAUAUACGCCGCCCGUGCGGAGCUGAAGCCGGUCCUCUUCGAGGGAUGGUUGGCGAACGACAUCGCCGCCGGUGGGCAGCUCACCACCACCUCCGACGUGGAGAACUUCCCUGGUUUUCCGGAGGGGAUUCAGGGGCUCGAUCUCACCGAUCGAUUCCGCGCCCAGUCGGUGCGAUUCGGGACGCAGAUCUUCACCGAGACCGUCACCUUCGUCGAUUUCUCCUCCCAGCCUUUCAAGAUCGUCUCUGAUUCCACCACCGUGUACUCCGACGCCGUCAUCGUUGCCACGGGGGCCGUCGCGCGCCGCCUCCAGUUCCGCGGCUCCGACGAGUUCUGGAACCGGGGCAUAUCCGCUUGCGCCGUGUGCGACGGCGCCGCGCCGAUCUUCCGGAACCGCCCCAUCGCCGUCGUCGGCGGCGGCGACUCGGCCAUGGAGGAGGCGAACUUCCUCACCAAGUACGGCUCCAAGGUUUACAUCAUUCACCGCCGGGACACCUUCCGGGCAUCGAAGAUCAUGCAGGCCCGGGCGAUCGACAACCCAAAGAUUGAGGUCGUGUGGAACUCCGCCGUGGAGGAGGCAUUCGGCAACGAGAAGGGCGCCUUGGCCGGCUUGAAGGUCAAGAAUCUGGCCACCGGCGAGCUGACGGAUUUGCCGGUCUCCGGCUUGUUCUUUGCCAUCGGACACGAGCCCGCCACGAAAUUUCUCGGCGGCCAGCUGGAGCUGGACUCCGAUGGCUACGUCGUAACGAAGCCCGGAACCACGAAGACCAGCGUGGAAGGCGUGUUCGCCGCCGGAGAUGUUCAGGACAAGAAGUACCGCCAAGCGAUCACAGCGGCUGGAACAGGUAAAUUUCUAGGUCUCCUUUUCUUCCCCAAAACCUCGCGGCAACUUCUGGUUUUCAUUUGAAAUAAAUCGUCUUUUGGCUUGGGUUCUUGCAUCAAAAUCAUCGCUAGAAAUCCCUGCAAUUUGCUUGCAUCAUCUGGUUUUUGAGGGAUUUGAAUCCCCGAAGCGUCUGAUAUCUAUCUGGGCACCAUCUUCUUCAAUCUCGCCCUUCUUUGAGCCAUUUUAACGAUUUCCAGGAUUGAUGUAUGGUAUGAUGGGUAACGACUGCCAUAGAAAUUAUAGAACUGGGUCGUCCCGUUUGGGUUCAGGAACUUUAGAAAAUCUCAGAAAAACAAGCGCUCUUUCAUUUUAGAGAAACAUAUGGAGCAUUGCUGAUCAAGUGCUUCAAGUUAUCUUCAAACGCUACAAGCUCUUCCCUGAUUACUGUGUUUAAGGCAUCAAAGAUCCGUAAAGAAGUUGUCGGGACACAUUUUUGAAAUUCCCGCCGUCGAACCCUUAUAGAGCAUUAUCGAUUCAAGGCCUCGGGUGUUCUUCAGUUGAUGUUGAUUUGAUCAAAUCUCGACGAUGUUUCAUUGCCGCCACGAAUCUUGUCUGCGGUGAUUAUGUUUGAGGGAGAGAGAAGGUUGAGGGUUAGGGAGAAUCGAGUGCUCAUCACUGGAAUGGUUUCCCGUCGGAUUUCAAUUCAUGAGGUUGCGUUUCCCUUGCUUAAUCCAUCCACGCAUCACCCCUUUCAUGGGGAGAAAAUCUUUCCAUUCUGGGUAAUACGAUCGUUCUACUCAGAUGAACUUAUCUCGUUUGAUAUCAAUGACGAUUGAAGCCAAAAAGAUUGCUCGAGGCUCUGUCACCCAGUUUUACAAGACUUUAAAAAAAAAUAAAUUGAUAAAUAUUAGCCUUUUAGCUUUAAUUUUAAUGGGUAUCCGCUUUGUAAAAUCCGCAGGAUGCAUGGCUGCUUUGGAUGCGGAGCAUUACCUGCAAGAAAUCGGUGCUUAG